AUGUCUGGUUCAGCAGCUCUUGAAGCUGUUGUUGCACGGCUUGAAAGUGUCGCAGCAAGACUGGAAGCGACCGAGGUUCACAAAGCCAGCACAGUUGUGGACAGAGCUUUCAAGGCUGAGCGCGUGGUUGUGGAAGCCAUUGCUCAGUGCAAGCAGCCUGACAUGGGAGGCCUUCAGAAGCUCGUUGAGCCUGUCGGUGUGGAGAUAUCUGCUGCCGACAAGCUCACCCAGGGGCGACGCAGCGCUGCAUUCAACUACAGCAAGGCGGUGGCCGAAGCUCUUCCUGCCCUGAGCUGGGUUGUCUACAGCGGACCCUCCUGCGGCAUGGACCCGCCACCCAAGCAUGUGGAGAACCAUCUGCAGAGCGCAGAGUUCUGGACGAACAAGAUCCUGCUGGAGAAUCGCACAGCGCCACAUGCGGACUGGGUGAAGGCCCUCAAAGACCUCCUGAAAGGCCUGUGCACCUACCUGAAGACUCACCACUUCUCGGGGCCGGCAUGGAACGCCAGUGGCAUCCCGCUGUCCCAGUUCAAGCCUGGAAGCACACCAUCAGCAGGGCCGCCAGCAGUGCAGGCGGCUGGCUCCAAUGAAGUGCCCAGCACAUCUGGCAGCAAAAGUGCACCUGCAAAGCCAGCAGCAAGCAAGCCCCCGAGGACAGAGUGCGAGCAGGGCAGGAAGUGGGUGAUUGAGAACCAUGUGGGCAACCCUGAGAUUGUCAUCUCAGACACAAACCCACGCCAGGCUGUGUACAUCUACAAGUGCUCCAACUCCACCAUCCAGGUGAAGGGGAAGGUGAAUGCGAUAUCAGUGGACUCCUGCCAGCGCGUGGGCCUGCUCUUUGAGGACAUUGUGGCGGCAUGUGAACUAGUGAACAGCACAAGGAUACAGGCGCAGGCCACCGGGGUGGUGCCGACCAUCGCUGUGGACAAGUGCGACGGUGUGCAGCUGUACCUGUCUGCAGACUCACUGGGAGUUGACAUCACAACUGCAAAAUCCAGCGAGGUGAAUGUCAUCGUGCCGGGCGCCACGCCAGAGGCAGAUCUAGUGGAGCAUGCCAUCCCCGAGCAGUACUUGUCACAGUACAAGAAUGGGAAGUUUGUCACAGCUCCAGUCAGCCACAGUGCAGGAUGAUCCAUCAAUGUGACAGCGGCGUUAUCGCAACUCUGAAACAGCUUACACAAAUUUCUUCUGAUAUACGAAGUGCAAGUGUCAUUGUUUUGUGACUCUACCCCGCCCUGCACUGUUCGCCAAAGCUUGGUGGCAAGAGCGUCAACACAGUUCCUGUGAUACCUGCGUGUCAAAUGAGGGUGCCAAAUCUCAAGAAUUCCACCAAGUGCAAAUGCACUUUGAUUGUCAGUCAUGUCAAAGGCAAGGGGGUUGAGCAUGGAAUGACCGCCGAGAUCAUAAGAACAUGACAUAUGGGGUAACAUUACAGCGAUUUGCGACUAUUGGACAAUCUGAAAAAAUAGCGGGAUUGGCGAAGAACAUGCUCACUUGAGCUGCAUGCACAUAAAAGCUCACAGGAGCAAGAAAGGCAACGGGCAUGGGUCAUCCGUAUAACGUCAACAAGUUAGUUGACAGUUAUUGACCAUUCGAGCGCUCAAUUUGAAGAAUAUACCCUAGGCUGCGCAACAGGGCCGCUCCACCAUUGUGAAAAAUAUAACACCCUCAAACACUUACCAACACAUACACACAACUUUCAAAAUUGGCCCAUGUGGUGACGGCACCUUUCAGGUGCAGGUUACACAUCGAGGGCAGAUACCAUAAGAUGUGAACAGCUGCGAAAAAGAUGGUCGGUGCCCAUCGCUCAUCAACACAUUAUCUCUCUGCAUAGUGAAUAAAAAGCCCGGCUGAAACCUGAAACUUCCAUCCGAGAUGUAGGCAUCAUCCAUAACAACGUUUCAGACUGUCUCUCCAUCCACGUUCUGUCAUACACAAAUUAAUACGAUACAGGUCACAGUAGUUGUCACACACCACCGAAAAGAGGCCCAAAGCAACUUGGCCCAUCUGGUGCUGGGUGGUCUUGUCAUCCAGGACACUGCUCACACGGCCUCAGGCGGCUCUUCUGGCGUUUCCACACUGAGGUGCCGCCUGGAGACAGAGCACUGGUAGGGGCUGGUGCCCUUUGGGGGCGUGACAACCACCGAGAAGACAUCAUCCAG